AUGAGGGUGUUGCUAACGAGCAAGCAGCAGACCUUUACCUACUUGCUGCUCUCUUGCUGCUGCUGGAGAGACAUUCCUGCUGCUGUUGCUGUCUCCUUUUCUUCUUCUGUGGGGCCCCACACGCUGCAGCCUCAGGCCCUCCUCCCUGCAUUCAUAGGGGGGCCCCGUCUGUCUGUCUCCUUUCAGCAGCAGCACGCUGCUGCUAGUGCUGCUGCUGCUGCUGCUGCUGCAGACCGACGCAGUGUACCCUCCCCUGCAGCAGCAGCAGCAACAGCAGUAGCAGCAGCACCGGUUGUCGCUGUUGGUGCAUCAGCUGAAGCAACGAGAAAGCAGCAGCAACACCGGCAGCAGCCUCUCUUUGCUGCUCAAGAGGCACGCUGUUCUGAAGAGACAGAAGAAAAGGAGACAGAAGAAAAGGAGACAGAAGAUUAUUCAGACGCGCGCGAGGGUGCUGCCUCAGAUGUCAACUUAGAAGCAGCAGCAGAUGCAGCACCGCCAGCAGCAGCAGCAGCAGCAGCAGCAGAUCGGGUGCCGCUAACAGAAGCAGCAGUAGAAGACGUAUUAAAUCAAAUAAGACCCUAUCUGCAGUCUCAUGGAGGGGCUGGUGCUUGUUCGGGUUGUCCUUCUUCGAUGCUGACAUUAAAAGGGGGUAUAGAGGGGGCAUUGCAGGAGGUUUGGUCAGGGCUUGAGGUGGAGGCUGUGGAUACAGCUGAGGAGACAGCUGAGGAGACACCUGAGGAGACACCUGAGGAGACACCUGAACCCCAGGCCGUGCUGAAGGCAAUCGCUGGGCUUCUACCUGCAGUGGAGAGGAUGGGAGGCAGCAUUUCUGUCUCUCAACAGACAAACGGAGGCGUCAGCCUGCGCUAUGUGGGCCCCAAUGCCGUGACUGUUAAAUACGGCCUCGAGAUGGAGUUGCGGGACAAACUUCCAAGGGCUGCAGAUCGUAUAACUGUGGAGACAGAAGAAAGACAAGAAAAAUAA